AUGGGAGGAUCUUGGCGUUUCUUUUUUAGCUUCUUUGGCAGCUUCAAGGCAUGGUGGAGGAGAAGACAGAGAUCGAACCAGGGAGGAACAGACGACGAGAUGUAUGGUGAAGAUAGUGAAGCCAACUUCUAUAAUUGGUACGUGGUCGAACCAGCUAUUAACCGGAGAUCUACUGAUUUCAUUAGAAGGUUCCACGAGACUCGUGACUGA